AACAGCCGAGUGACGCGCGGACUUCGCCGAAGCUGCUUUAACUUCUCUUUUCCGCGUCAGUUAACGGUCGGAGCUGCGUCUCAUCGCGUGACACCCGGAAACUUUAACUGUUUGUUUGUUUGCUUUUUCACGAGGACGGAAAAUGAAGCGAUUCGUUGUUUUAGCAGCAACUCUGCUGGUGACGCAAUGUUCGUCCAUCAUCAGGGUUCCUCUCCAGAGAACCAGGACUGUGCGCCGCCUGAUGAGUGACAGCGGGAGGUCCGUGGAGGAGUUGCGGGCUCUGGCGCAGAGUCUCGGAGGGGGUGUGGCACCAGAGAAUGCCACGCCCCCCCCAGGGCUACCUGUGGAGAGACUGACGAACUUCAUGGACGCCCAGUACUACGGUCAGAUCAGUAUCGGGACGCCCCCUCAGAACUUCACGGUUCUGUUCGACACCGGUUCCUCCAACCUCUGGGUUCCCUCCAUCCACUGCUCCUUCUUCGACCUGGCCUGCUGGAUCCAUCAUCGUUACAACUCCCAGAAGUCGACCACGUUCGUUAAGAAUGGAACCGAGUUCUCUAUCCGCUAUGGGAGAGGCAGCCUGACGGGCUUCAUCAGUGGAGACACCGUCUCAGUCGCUGGCCUGUCGGUUGCUAAGCAACAGUUUGCGGAGGCGGUGAAGCAGCCCGGCAUCACGUUUGCCGUGGCGAGGUUCGAUGGCGUGCUGGGCUUAGCCUACCCGGCCAUAUCGGUGGCUGGUGUCACGCCCGUGUUCGACUCAGCCAUGGAGGCCAAGCUACUGCCUCACAACCUCUUCUCCUUCUAUAUCAGCAGGGACCCGAAAGCGGCUGUGGGGGGGGAGCUGGUUCUGGGUGGGACCGACCCUCAGUUCUACUCUGGAGACCUUCACUACGUCAAUGUGACCCGGAAAGCUUACUGGCAGAUCCACAUGUCCCGGGUGUCCGUGGGCGACCAGCUGAGUCUGUGUGGAGACGGUUGCCAGGCGAUCGUUGACUCUGGGACGUCGCUCAUCGUUGGUCCUUCACAGGAAGUCCGAGCUCUGCAGAAAGCCAUCGGGGCUCUGCCCCUGCUGAUGGGGGAGUACCUGAUCGACUGCAAGAAGAUUCCUUCUCUGCCGCUCAUCUCCUUCAACAUCGGAGGGAAGAUCUUCAACCUGACUGGAGAGGACUACGUGGUGAAGGAGUCUCAGAUGGGAGUGUCCAUCUGUCUGUCCGGCUUCAUGGGGAUGGACAUUCCUCCCCCUGCAGGGCCCCUGUGGAUCCUGGGGAACGUCUUCAUGGGGAGGUACUACACAGUGUUCGACAGGAACCAGGACCGCGUCGGCUUCGCAGCAGCAAAGUAGAAACAGAACCGAGACCUGAUCCGUCGGGUUUUAUUUAAUCUGAAUUUGGUUUAAUCUGGUUUAAAACUAUGUUGUUUUAAGUCACAUCUGAUGCGAGUGAAAAAGUUUAUUCUGGGAUUGAAUAAAAGUCACAAUAAAUGUU